AUGAAGAUCACGAUAAAAACUUUACAACAGAAGCAAUUUCAAUUGGAUGUCGAUCCUGAGGACAAAGUCCUUGCGGUGAAGCAAAAAAUUGAACAGAGUCAUGAACAUGCUGUUUCACGUCAAAAACUCAUUUUUGAAGGAAAAAUUCUAGCUGAUGAUAAAUCUUUAUCCGAAUAUGAAAUUUCGGAAAAAGGUUUUCUGGUGCUCAUGGUUUCAAAUUCAAAGCCUCCUGCAAAACCAGCAAAUACGCCACAGCUUUCAGGUUCUAACCCAUCUCCCAGUACGACUGCGCCAUUGCCAAAUUCUCAACGAACUCCCACUAUAACCGCUCAACAGCCCGCGGUUAUACAAGCGCCUGUCGCACCUUUGACUUCUUCAACUCCUCAAAAUCCCCCUCCUCCCACUCAAACAUCAACAAAUACAGCAACAACUACCACACCGUCAAUACCGGAUUUAUUUGGCAACGCCAGUGCGUUAGUUACUGGCGCUGAUUACGAAAAUGUCAUCCAAAGUAUUAUGGAGUUGGGAUAUGAUCGGGAUCAAGUUGUGAAAGCAAUGCGUGCUAGUUUUAAUAACCCAGAUAGAGCUGUUGAAUAUCUGAUGACUGAAAUCCCUCCGGAAACCGAUCAAUCAACUUCCAUCUCGGAACCGGUGGUUAACCAGCCACAAACAGUUUCACCUACAGCUCCAAGUACUGGGUCAUCCACUCAUACAGCCAUACCUCAAAAUCUUUUUCAAGUCGCUCAACAACAACAACAGCAAGGAGGCACCGAUGAAUUAUCCGUCUUGAGAAGUCAUCCCCAAUUUCAGCAAUUGCGAAGACUUGUUCAGGAAAAUCCAGCGCUAUUGCAACCAUUACUUCAACAAAUUGGACAAUCUAAUCCGCAAUUACUGCAGCUUAUCAACGCAAAUCCGGCAAUGUUCUUGCGUCUCUUACAGGAAAAUGGAGAGGAAACGGGCGAAGUAAAUUUACCUCCUCCUCAAUAUGUCUCGGUCACACAAGAGGAAAAAGAGGCAAUUGAUAGGUUGGUAGAUCUCGGAUUUGAUCGAGCUCUUGCCAUUGAAGCCUUUCUUGCCUGCGAUCGAAAUGAAGAGCUGGCAGCGAACUACUUGUUUGAACACAUGAAUGAAGAGGAGAACUAA